UCUCCACCCUCAGCUCCUCCCUACGUCUAGCAUCCUCACUCAUCGCUUUAGUGGCCCAGCAUGUCGGCCAACUCAAACAGGGAAGCCGUCUUCCCCACGCGCAUGACGCUCAACAACACAAAGGGUAGACUGAAAGGAGCUCAAACGGGCCACUCACUCCUCAAGCGCAAAGCAGACGCUCUGACCAAGCGCUUCCGCACCAUCACCGCAAAGAUCGACGAGGCCAAGCGCAAGAUGGGCCGCGUUAUGCAGCUCGCAGCCUUCUCCCUCGCAGAGGUAAACUACGCCGUGGGAGACAUUGGAUUCAUGGUCACCGAGUCCGUCGAGAAGGCUUCUUUCAAGGUACAAGCAAGGCAAGAGAAUGUCAGCGGUGUCUUCUUGCCCGCCUUCGAGGCUGUGCCCAACGCCGAGGGAUCGAAGGAGUUCCAACUCACCGGUCUCUCUCGUGGAGGUCAACAAGUCUCCAAAGCCCGCGAGACGUACCGCAAAGCCCUCGAGACGCUCGUAGAGCUCGCAUCCCUUCAGACGGCCUUUGUUAUCCUUGACGAGGUGAUCCGCAUGACGAACCGCCGAGUAAACGCAAUCGAGCACGUCAUCAUUCCUCGUCUCGAGAACACCAUCAGCUACAUCACGAGCGAGUUGGACGAGGCGGACAGAGAAGAGUUCUUCAGGUUGAAGAAGGUGCAGGCCAAGAAGAAGAGGGAGGAAGGAGGAUCAAAGGGAGAUAUGUUGUCGGGUGGCAAGGACGAGGAUGUCAUCUUCUGAGGCCGCUCAGCUCCUCUUUCUGUUCCCUGGCUCGUUGUACAUUUCAUUCUGCUUUCUCG